AUGGAUGGUGGCAGUUCACUGAGCAGCAAUGAAGAUCAACCAGUCAACCCAUCAUCAACAACUUCAGCAGCCAAGGCACAAAUGAUGCUUGAGAAAAAUAAAUUUCUCAAGGAUCUUUCAGAAAAUAACUUUUCAAGAGCAAAUGGGAAUCGUUCAACCAUGCCUGUUCGAGGCAGGCGAGCCAUUCUUCCCUUGUCUGGAUUUGUUAAGAAGACUCAAGAGAAUGAAUCUAACUCUAUACCUGAUUUGGAGGAGACAGAAAUUGACGUGGAGGUUAUGUUUCAAGAAAAAAUCAGUAAUAUACCAACAUGCAAUAAAAAUAACAUUGAUUCAAUUAGUACAAAAAGUAAUGGAUCUGGUAAAUCAAAUCAUCAAACGAAAUUAAUCAAUUUAAUGACUAGUAGUGACAAAGAUGGAAAAUCAAUAAUAAACUUGAACAAUUCCAUCACCAAACCUUUGAUGGUUAAUGAGGGAAUGAUUGAACUGGAUGAAGUUUUAUCCUUGCCGACUGAAGGAAACAUGAGGAAGGGUUCUAUCAAAUCCGUUGGAUCUAAUACUAAGAUCUCUUCUGCCAACAUGCCAUCUUCAUUGUUCAGUAAUCUGAAUAAUAAUGAAGAAUAUUUGCCUCCGUCAUUGGUGGCCCCAACGUUAUCUUCAUUGUCAUCUCAUCCAUCCAGUUACUCGCUCCUGCCUCACCAAUCUCUGAAUGAUGCUAAAGCAACUUCCUCCGUAAUGACAACUACUUCCUCUUCACUUUUUGCCGGCAAGAAGGAUGGUUUGUCGUCUGGUUCGAAGUUUGGAAUGUCCUUGGAACAGUGCUACAACAGUGGGGUCUUUCAACGUCGUAACCAGAAUGGAGAUGACGGAGAUAGCAUAAACAGCAGAUCAUUCAAACUUGGCAAGACGUUAUCUAUUGUUAGUGAUGGCGAUCAACAAACUGCAGCACCGUUAACUCCAUUUAGUUGCCAAAAUGUCGUUUCACCUUUCAAAGUCAAUCCAUACGCCACAAUGUCAAGAAGCCAAAUAGCGUCUAGGAUGGCAAGAAAACUAGAAGAUAAUGUCAAUCCACAGAAUGCAGACACUGUGUCUUGUAACAUUCUGUCACCGCUGCCAAACAGACGAAGUGAUACUUCUCUGUACCACAAUAAUGACGAUGCAUCAUCUCUGGCUUCCUUCCCUUCAUUCAAACUUCAGAGUAUCAAUAAUUAUCCAUCUUCUCCACAGCCUUCAUGCUUCAAGACAUCGUCAGGCACUCCAGGCCUUGUCGUUCAGCCACAACUUAACAUGACAGAUGGUGUCGAUAGGAGGAUGAGAACAAGCUCCAGUGGAUACAUGCUCAACAGAUCUGGAAGUCACAGCAAUUAUGGUGGCGGCUCUGUCUCUAGACCUCAGUCCACCAAUGGUUAA